GUUCAGUCUCCUGUCGACCCUAAGAAGAUUGUGACUAAGCGCAUUGUGGCCAUGGAGGGCGAUAGAGUCACUUUCUCAUUGGACCCUAUAACCACUGAUAGCUAUCAAACUCUGGUGGUUCCAAAAGGGCAUGUUUGGAUCCAGGGUGAUAACAUGUACGCUUCCACCGAUUCACGAUAUUUUGGCCCUGUUCCUUAUGGUCUUAUUCAAGGAAGAGCAUUUCUAAGGGUUUGGCCACCUCACGGCUUUGGAUCCUUGGCACACUGGGUAUAAUAUGAAUCAUAGUUGGAGGAACAUUGGUGUUCAAAACUUCUUUUGACAGUUUUGAUAUUAUCUAAGAUUGUAAUUAUGUUUAAUCGAGUGAUUUUGUAGCCUCCUUUUGAAGCUGAUACUGAAUUAUUUGAGUGUCAAUUGGCAAAAAGAAACAAAUGAAGAUGGUCACUGUAGAUUACUUUGUUGCUGA